GUCAGCUAUAAAUAAAUAAUAGUUCCAAAUCUCUCCAGAGUAGCGUUAGAGUAGCUAAGAACCUAGUCGUUAUUGACGGAGUGAAGUGCGCCGUCUAUGAUUUCAUUUUUUUUUCAAGUAUUCUAUAGGUAGGUAUUGUAGCGCCAACUAUUUAAGGUUUUUUGCUGACACUUUUUGGUAUAUGGAGGUUUCAUUCCUUACCUCCACCUUCCAUAAAGUGAUUAUAUUAUGAUUGUAUGCUCUUUGCUAGAUAAAAUGAGGGACGAAUUGAACGUUCGAAUCAAAGUAAGUACACAAUAGUUCGAAUCGUGACGGACUGAUAUGAAGACAAUUGAUAGUUAUAGCAACCACGUCCACGCCGCAGCAGUAAUGCCGCCACAGUAUUACAGCUGCUGUUGCCAUCCGAAUGUCACCUUUAUUAAACAGUACAAAAACAAAUGCCUGAAAUGAAAUUCUGUUGUAAAGAGGGUUUUUGUAUGAACCCCUCGGCGGUAACGCAGUAGUAUUUUUAGGAAGCGCGUGGCACGCAAGCCUCGCAACAAAAUUAGGUUACAACAAUUACAUUAACUACUUCAGAAGUUCAGAGUUCAAUCUAACUUUAAAGUAUUUUAAUGAACGUUCAGUUUACCUGCCGAUUUAAUUUAAUGAUAAUGAUAACCUUCGAUAUUUAUUUCCAAGUAGGUAGGUAAGCCUAAGGUCGUGAUUGCCUUCAUGAUUCGUAAAAGUACAACUUCAGAAAUAACAUUGCAAAAUAAUAAAAUUUUAUGCCAGCGAUUAGAAAUGCAAUAACUGCAGAGUUAUUAUAUCAUUUACCAAAAAGGCCACGCGACGCGGUAGCGUGCUGUCUUUUCAUGUUUAUAAACCUAAACGAUGCUCUCUUGUUAAUUGUGAAUAGCAAUAAAAAGUCAUUUGAUUACUAAAUGCAUUCGUGGUUGGCUUUUUAAAGAUAUUCGGGCGUGUCACGAAUUGCUGGGUAACAAAGUAACAAAUCACUUGGGGGUUACAUCAGGAUACGUAAGGCAGUGUAGGGCGGGCGGGCGCGUAGGAUAGUCGAAUCAGCCGAUCGCUCGCUCCCGCGGCGAAGUGUCUGAACUUUCACGAUGGAUUUCGAUACGGACGCGAUAAGCUGACAUGCAAGACCCACAUCAUACGCCGACACGUGUUCAUCUGCAUAUUUAUUGCACGAGUUUGAUGGAACAGGAACAGCCUGGCAUGUGUAUAAGGAGAAACGAGCCAUGGCGGAGCUGUGUGAGGUAGAUGAGCCGUUUAUUUACAGACUCAACGACAAUGGCUCUGGACCCAGUCUACUUGUCAAGGUGUGCAGUGAGCGUGGCUGGCGCAUGUACCAGGGAUAUAAUGCAUGCAUCGAGGAGCGUUGGAACCUUUGGUGGCGGACCAGCGCCUUCCCAGCUGCCAGUUAUAAGACCCUGGGUGAUUGGCAGUUCAUGAACCACAUACCCAAAGGCGGGUCGAUCUGCCGGAAAGACAGCCUGUCUAGACUCCUGCGCUGCAUGAGGCGGAUCUACGGGUCUAUAUACGAUUUCAGCCCACCCUGCUUCCAUCUCCCACUGGAGUACGCCAAGCUGGUGGCCGAGUGCUCCCGACUCCGGCACGAGCAGGACGGCAGCGCGGUGUGGAUCCACAAGCCUGUGGCGCAGAGCCAGGGCCGGGGGAUCUUUCUGUUCCGGAGUAUCUGUGAGAUGCGUUGCGGCAGCGCUGCGGUCGCGCAGCGUUACAUCGAGCGGCCGCUCCUCAUAGCGGGAUACAAGUUCGAUCUGCGGCUUUACGUGUGCGUGCCCGGGUACAGGCCGCUCACGGCAUACAUGUACGCUGAGGGACUGGCUAGAUUCGGAACGGAUAAAUAUACUUUGUCAGACAUCCACAACCCAUACAGACACCUGACGAAUUCCUCUCUCAACAAAACCGGUCCUCGGUAUGCGGAGUGCAAGGAUAGGAUAGGGAGCGGCUGCAAGUGGACACUGAAACAAGUCCGCCGAGCACUAGUGGGCCGCUGGGAGGCGACGGAGUGGCUCGUAUGGCAGCGGAUCCGAGCUUUAGUUACCCUGACACUCUUAGCUCAGGCCACAGGAACUCCACCCGCUAGGAAUUGCUUCGAGUUCUAUGGCUUUGAUGUUCUACUGGAUGAUGCUUUAAAGCCAUGGCUCUUAGAGGUGAACCUCUCACCAGCGCUGGCGGCAGAUUGCGAGGCCGAUGUGACCGUGAAAAGGCCGAUGCUGCACGAGCUAUUUGACCUACUCGGCCUCCCCAUGCGGCACACCGGCCUCUCACUACUAAAAGGGCCACCCGCUACACAUAUCAACAGUGCUUCACCUGACAACUGCGACAAUACAGUGCGGACAGUACGACCCCGUACAUCAGUACUGCCGGUGGGUCGCCCACGUCCGUUGCGGCGGCGGCGCGCCAUGCCAAUUCACUGCGUGACGCUGCAAGCGCCAUCUCUUGACAAAGACACGGAAUCUAAUGACAAAGGAAAAUACGCAAACAGCGGAAGCCCAUCUAGUACUUCCAUAUCCUCAGGAAGCCCUGAGGAAUCCGACUCCCAGUCAUCUCCAAGUGUGGCCACACCGUCGACGGAAGAAGAGUCGUGGCGCGGCGGGCACGCGACGGCGGCGAGCCGGCGGCGCAUGAUCAACGCGUGCUCGUGGGGCAACGGCGUGCGCUGGGAGCGGGCGCCGGCGCGCGUGGGCCAGUGGGUCAGGAUAUACCCACACACGCUGCCUGAUAAUGAGAUUCAGAUCGAAGAAGUACGCGAAAGCGUGGCCCACGUGUCAAAAUUCGUCCGCGCAGCGCGCGAGGUGGCGCGCGAACACGCGCGUGACGCGCGGGCGCCGCGCGACUCGACGCGCGACGCGGAUUUCGAGGCCACACUGCGCAAGAAGUUGGCUUACGGGCCCAACUUUGAAGUGUGGCUACCGCCUGUCUAAUUUGUGUUCAUUUGAGAGUCACACGAAACCGCCGCCAAAAAGCCGCUCCCAUACAAUCGAGCUCUCAUUUUAAAAUGUUAUGAAUAUUUGCAUAACAUGUAUCUAUGACUGCUGGUACCGGUCACAGACUUUAUCCAUUUAAGAUUUAAUUUUAGAUACAAUUUCUCUCAACGAAAACUAGUACCAGACAGAUAUACAGUUGUUUAUUUAGUCACCCGCAAUAAUUUACGGGCUGAAUAUAUAGAUCAUACUGAGCAACUUUUACUAUGGGACCAACCCCGAAAUCGCGA